UUUCAUUCGCUGUCAUCGCUGUGUUUGUCAAAGUUUUGUUGACCUAAGUUAGCCAAAAGUUAACUUUUUUAUUUAGUGGAAACUUAUUUAGUGUUGUAGUUAUUUAAAAAAAUCUUAUUUAGAAACUCUGUAUUGUUUAAUAUUUUUUUACUAAAGUGAGAUGGGAAAAUCAACGCUAGUUGAUGGCGAUAAUAAUCCAACAUCGGCGGAAUCUGAUCCCGCUAAAUUAUUGGAGGCAGCCCUUCUCCAGAUGGAUGGCAUUAUAGCCGAAGCGGGUGGCGCUGCAGCGGGGGCAACGACGCCGAGCGGGCCGGGGCGGGUGGCGCGGGCGCGGGCGUUAGAGCUAGCACAGCAGCUAGCUUCCUCACUGCAGCACGCCAUACCACCGCCCCCCAGACCCGACUUCACAACCGCAAGCGCGAUACUACGUUGGCUGCAACAGAACAACAACUCAGUAGCAUUGAAUGAUGCAGAGGAUAGAGUCAGGAGAUUGGAAGCAGACAAAGAGAGCUUGCAGUUACAAGUGCAGGUGCUGUCGGAACAGAUUGCAGCUCAGACCGAGAAGAUGGUGGACUUGGAGCGAUCACUCAACGACACAAGACAGAAACUUGAUGACACAGAACAGAGGUUACAAAAGGAGAUGUUAUCCCGAUCGUCAUUGGAGACACAAAAGCUAGAACUUCUUUCAAAGUUAAGUGAAGUACGAUUACGCGUGGUGGAGCGAGGCGUUCUAGAACGUUCUCCUCCGCCUGACGCCGCGCCCCUACCACGACCAGCACCGCCCAGGACACCGCCAGCUAACUACGGUCGCCAGAUCGAGCGCAACACGCACCUGUAUUCUUCGUUGCCGCGGUCGUCAGUGCUGACGUCGGAGGCGCGCGUCGCGUUCGGUAAACAGAACAACAUGGUGGUGGCGCGCGGCCGCGGACACUCGGUGCCCAAUCUAGCGGAGAAAGAAGAGACAGUGCCCCGGGGCAGCCCCUCGCCGUCUCUACGCGAGGUGCGCGCGCGCUACCAGCCGCUCACAGCAACUACCAAAUAUAAGGUACCAAAGAAGAGCCAAUUUUCGUUAAAGCGCAAGAAGAGCCGCGAGGAGUUGGAUCUGGGCGAGCUGGUCUGUCCGCUGCGGGAGGAUGCCUCAGGUGACCUCGCACCGCCCAUGAUGAGAGCAAAGUCAGUAGCAGUCGUAGAGUCGGGUGUCUCUCCCCCGCGUGACGACAGCCGUGCACACUAG